AUGUCCGCCCACCCGCCUCUUUCUAGGACAAGAUCCAUAAAGCGACCUGCCAAUGCCGAACCCAACGAUUCCCAAGUCUCGAGGCUGCCCUCUGUUGACGAAUCGCGCAAUGCCUCACCCAGCCGUCUGCCGGUGAAGCCACCGCUAUCUGGAAUCGCUAGAUCGGCGUCGGUAUCCACAAGGACAACCACAUCGUCGGCAUCGACAACCGCUCCGCGAGCCGCCCCCAAGACUCGGACCGGAGGACUCUUGAGCAAGCUCGGCUCCAAGACCCUGCGCCCCGCGCAACAAAACGAGAAUGUUACACCUGGAAGGGACGCCGCGGCAUCGGCAGCGACGGGCUCAGGGACCGGACUGCGCCGACCGGCCGCAUCAUCAGCUGCCGUUGCUCCUAGGCCCAAGACCUCGGGUGGCCCAGCCGGCGCCGAAAGGUCUGUCAGUUCAAACCACUCGCGCGCAAAAUCCUCAGCGACGACACUCACAGACGCCACCCUGCUCCAUCCUGCACCAUCUUCGUCACAUGCGGGUAUGUCGGCAACAUCAAGCAUAACAUCGCGCCCGCCUCCUGUCACGGCACAGGCGAAAGCCGCCCAUCGAAGGGCGCCGUCGAACCCCUUGAGAACCAGGACAUUAGACCAGCCGAAGUCGCAACAACUGCCACAAGUCGAACAGCCCCAAGCGGCCCAGGUAAACAAGCCUGCCUUCAACACGAUGCAGCAGCACUUUUCCCCGCUCAAGAUGGCCGCCCCUAAACCCUUGACAUCAACCUUCCUCGCUCCGCCAUCGCCAUCGAAGCUGCCCGCAAACGUUGCCAUCACGGCCGAGACGAGCCGGCGGCAGACUGAGCUGCUCCAACUUUGCCUCCUACACCGGGAAGCAGGACCUACCGCCAACCGCUGGCACGCGAGUGCUCGUAGUAGGUUGGCAAAACGAUUCGACUCUGUCGCCAAGGCCAACGCGACUGUCGCCCAGGCCAAGGCGAAGAGGACCGAAGAUGUGAACGCCCAGGCGCUGGACGCCUGGGUUCAAGGCGGCGGGGCCCACGGCCCGAGUCAGCUUGAGGAGAAGGUGCAGGCGCUGGAUGCAGUCUUGUCGGGUCUCUGGGAACUCAGCGAACCUGGCGGCCGGCACGCGCGGGUCGUACGGCAGUUUGAAAAGUGGCUGGAACGUUUACGAUACGUAAACGACAGGCGAGAAGGCGGUAUUUUUGACGUUGACGACGAGUUCGUCUUCAUUUCGGAGCUAGACGCUGCGUGGCAUGACGAGUGUGCAUCGGUGGCCAGGAAGCUGGACAACUGGCGUAUGGACUUGAGGUAUCUGGAGGGCGGAGUGGAUGAUGGUGCUCGCAGAUCACCGGGGAAGGACAGCACCGGGGUCGAGACGGAGGAGUCAAGCCUAACCAUGAUUCUUGCCGCUUGUCGUUCUCUCUCCCACGACAUGUUAGAGGAGAUCAAGUUAAUGGAGGACAUGGAGAGGGAAGCUCUCAAGCAAGAGAGUGACUGGAUCGAAAAGAUUGCGAAAGACGAUGCUCAGGAGAAUACUCCCUCUGCCGGAGCAAUAUGGAGGGUUUUGUAA